AUGCCGAACAGCCAGGAACAGAGGGCCGCGCUGUCCAAGAGCGCUGCUACACCACAGCCAGAUGCCCAUGACGCGGCUACGACACCCACGAUACCCGAUGCGACGCAUAGCCAUGACUUGGGAAACGCCUGGAUGGCUGGCGAUGGCGAAGAACCUGACGGCGAUGCUUGGCUGAUAUCCGAAGAGCCGACUGUGCAGUCGAUAGACGUUGAUGCGCCAGAAGCUGCCCCUAAACGGACCUCAGGACCAGCCCCUACCGAGGUAUCUGAGCUAGCCAACGAAGCGCAAGCAGCACAAAACUCUGUCGAGGACGCUUUCGAAAAGAAGUCAACUGCGACCGACCCUUUCGACACGAAUGAAGACGAAGGCGCCGAUGCUUGGCUUACGGAAAAGUCAGCUCAAGAGCCUUUGCCAACCGAAGCUGCGCCGGCUCCUGUGGCUGAUGCUGUUGAGUGCACUGAACUGCAACCGAAUCUCGAGCAAGCGGCUGAGAUCGAUGCAGCUUCGAUAUCAAAAGACGCCAAGACACAUGAAGCUGGGCUGCAGUCGCAUGCCAAGCCUGCAGAUGAGGUAGCUAAAGAGCCGGAGGCGGAAGGAGAAGACACACAGCCAUCGCAUCAACCCCUCUCUCAACAUUCAAGCUCCAUGUCUUUCGCUCGAACCGUCUCUCACGAAAUCAGCUUCAUGGACGAUGACGAGAGCGACUGGACACUCUCCCGAUCCAACACCGACCAAUUCAAGUUCAUGUCUCCCACCGACCGAACGAAUUCGUUUCCUCCCGUUCCGCCGGCACAGCCAUCCGAGGAAUCGUUUCCUCCACACCCGCUGCCCUCUUCGCAGGCUCUCGACGUUGUUGAAGAGGUCGAGAAGAACUCUUUCGCCCAGGAUAACCCAGAAGAACAAAACAUGUUUUGGGAAAAUGGUGGCACCGCAAGCAUUGCACAGGAGUCUUUCCAGACUAUUGGUGGCGACAUCGGCGAUGCUGCUACAGAGGCAUCACAGUCACGAUUUGAAGAAGGCCUGCCUCUUAUUCCAGCCGCCGCGGAAGUGGCCAAAGAAGACGCCGAGCAUUCUAGCAAGAAUACCUUUGACUCAUUUGGGGAAGAGGAUGCUGGCGACGACUUCUUCUCCAAUGUUCAGCAAGCCGAGACCGCUGACGAUCUCAUUCAGCCUCUCCAGCGCAAGUCUACCAUGCAGGUAAUUGGAAACACCCUCAAUGGAGAGCCGACCAUGCGACAGCCUGCAUUCGAUACACUGGAAGAGCACGCCGAGGAGGAUCACCAUGCCCAAGCCCUUGCAAGUGCGUUUGGUGCGGCGGCUGAGGACGAAAGUCUGUCACAGCCCCCAGCAGAUCUAUCUGCCAAGUGGCAAGAAGCUUUCGGAACCGGAGACGACGAUGAGGAUUUUCUUCUAGACGACGCUGGAAAUGAGGAUGGGGCAAUUGAUACGGCCGAUUUCCUGGGUAGCGAUGACGAGGGGUUUCUGCUAGAGGACGAUGACGAUGCACCUGCUGCCACCUCCACCAAGGCACCAGCUCCCAACCCGUAUUUGCCAGCCCAGACCCAGACGCAACCUCAACCCUUUUCUGCCCCGACCACUCCAUACGGAUUUACCGCGCAGCCCCCACAGCACACACCUUAUGGUGGCGCAUUUGGCUAUGCUCCGGCUGCACCACGAACAGAGGCUCCCAAAGCCGAGAGCUUUGCAGACAAAGCCAAGGGCGGAUACGCUUCACCGUAUGACCUGCCUACAGAUCUCGUCAGCAUGAACGUUAAGCCUCGUAAGAGGCCAACCGCGCCGAAUCCUCCCCAAGAACCAACCCCGCCGCCGAUGACUGCCCCGCCGCGGACAGCGAAUGCUUACGCGCCUCCUCCUGGCCCGGCGGCAGCUCCUCCUACAGCUCCUGGAGCUACCCCCCACGCGCCCUCUCCGAGAUCUGCAAGCAGGCAAGAGAGUUUCUUUGAAGAUCUACCUGUGACUGCAAAACCCCGUCCGGGCUCGCGCCAGAGCCUUCGUGCCGCCUCUCCCAACAAGCAGUAUGGCAGCCCGAGCCCAAUGACUUCCUCUGCACCUCCGCCGUCUGCCAUGAACCAGCAGUACCAGUCUCCGCCAAUUGAGCGCCCGGUGGCCCCCGAGAAUUCUGUACCAGACUUGGUUGCGCCACCAAAAGUGAACCCUUACGCCGCGUUGCAAGCAGGAUCUGCACCGCCGUCUGCGCCUGCCGGCAAUGCUACCAGAUACUCACCAGCACCCGCUCAGCAACACAAGGGAAGCUCAGCUCCGCCGCCCGCGACGUCAAACCGCUUUUCUCCCGCGCCUCCACUGCCACGCCAAAACAGCUCGCCGACCCAGCCGGCGCCUGCCUCCGCGUCGCAAACGUAUCUGCCACACUUGCCUAGAACAUCGAGCCCAUUGGCUCAGUUUGAGAUUCACCAUGACAAGGCUGGUGCAGGUGUUGAUGCUGGCCACUCCGAUAGACGUGCUAGCUACCACCAUGAACCGAGACUGAACCGCGUCUCAUCUCUUCCGCCAACCCGCGAGGUAGAUGAAGAAGAGGACAUCCAGGCUGGGACUCAGCUUGGAGCGCCCCAACAGCAUGCUUCUGCUGCUGCCCGAUACAGCCCUGCUCCCCAGCAUACCCAAGCUGCACCAGCCAGCCAGCUUUCAUCACCGCAGAAGCGCAACACCAGCAACUACAUGCCUCACUCUGUGCCACACCUGCCCAACUUUGCUCCUCCCGUUCGAUCGCAGACACAAUCUCCUGGAGCCAAUCGAAACACUCACGAGCAAGCCCGACCGGCUUCUGCGCAUACAAAUACAGCCCCGACUUUUGGUCAGGUCUCGCAGCCUACAAACACGAUGCCCCUUCGCAUUCGUGGUGCGUCCCUCACUAUGAAUAUGGUGCCUCCUACCGAUGGCCGCGAGCAUGAUCCUCUUCAGCGCUGGCAGGGUGUUCCGAUUAUCACCUGGGGUGUCGGCGGUGCCAUGGUGACUUCGUUUCCCAAGAGCACACCGCGCUACACUAUGAAUCAGUCAGCACCGACGAUGCUGAGAACUCCUGGAGAGGUCAAAGUCAAGAGCAUGAAGGAAAUCGAGCCUUUGCCUGAGCAGUUGGCCAAAUUCCCAGGUCCUUUGCGAGGCAAGUCGAAGAAGAAGGAUGCCCUUGCUUGGCUGUCCUCCGGGAUUACGGCACUGGAAAGGGAACUGCCUGAUAUAUCUCUGACCCCUCAACUGUCCUUAGAAGCGAAGAGAUCGAUCGAGCGACUGCUUCUGUGGAAGAUCCUCCGCGUAUUCAUCGAGUUUGAUGGACACUUGGAAGGUUCUCCUGCAGUUGAAACUGCAGUGCGAGAAGUCUUGUCUUCGCAAGGAGGCGGAGACGCCUCGGUGCCUACUGGCUCGAAUUUCGGCCAGAUGGUAUCCUCGACUAGCAUGAAGGCGGAUGAUAUUGACUCCGCUUCCAUGGAAAGUAUCAAAGACAAUUUGCUCAAGGGUGACCGUGAAGCGGCCGUCUGGGCAGCUGUCGACAAGCGUCUGUGGGGCCAUGCUAUGCUGAUUGCUCAUACUACCUCGCCCGAGCUCUACAGCCGAGUAGCGCAAGAAUUUGUACGAAAGGAGGUCAACUAUCCGGGCCACAGCAACCAGUCUCUUGGCGCGUUCUACAAGGUCCUCUCUGGAAACUAUGAAGAUUGCGUUGACGAGUUGGUGCCUGUCCAUGCUCGUGCUGGUAUGCAGCUGAUGUCUACCGAUACUGGAUUCGGCGCAACCCAAGAUUCGUUGAGCGGCCUAGAAAAAUGGAAGGAGACCGUUUCAAUGGUGCUCAGCAACAGAAGUGAGAACGACAUUCGGGGCUUAAACGCCCUCGGCAAACUUCUCUCUGGCUAUGGUAGGGCCGAAGCAGCUCAGAUAUGCUUCAUCUUCAGCAGAACUAUUUCAGUCUUCGGUGGUAUUGAUGACCCCGACGCUGACUUCGUCUUGAUUGGUGCUGAUCACCACAAGCAAUCGGAUCAGUUUGCCAAGGAAACGGAGGCGUUGCAACUAAGUGAGGUUUACGAGUAUGGCCUGACACUGUCUGGAGCCGCGAACCUCGCCGCUGGUGCCCCGCAUCUGGCAGGCUACAAGCUUCAGCAUGCGACAGUGCUUGCCGAGCAUGGUUACCGUGACAAGGCUCUGCAGUAUUGUGAUGCUAUCCUCACUUCCAUGAGCGCACAAACCCGUCGAUCCCCAUAUCACCACCCUCUCCUGGAGGUCGCCGUCGACGAUUUUAUGAGACGUUUGAAGCAAGCGCCCAAGGACGACGGCUCAAGCUGGAUGUCCAAGCCAAGCAUGAACAAGGUAUCAGAUAGCAUGUGGAACCGGUUCAACAAAUUCGUCGCUGGAGACGAAGACGCCAAUGGACAAGCAGGCGCCGAUGGUGAACAUGGCCCGUUUGCUCGUAUCGCCUCCACUCCAAACAUCAGCCGCUCGCCGUCUGUGUCAAACUUUGAGACCUAUGGAACCUCCCCUAGCUAUGGCGUGUCAGCUCUGCCGCCGCAAACUACGGGAGCUAGCUCCCGAUAUGCGCCAUCCACAACCCCGGCUGUCACUGCAGCUCAGAACCCAUAUGACUUUGUUUCGCAACAGCCGGCUCCUGAGCCGCAGCAGGCGAUAGGCCGUACGUCAAACGAGUACACCCCCAGUCCCUACGAACCCGCCUACGGUGGCACCAGUGGUGGUGAUUCCGGAUACCCUGGCUUCAACCAGAGCGCGCCUGCAGCAUCAGCGUAUCAGCCACAGGCACCGAGCACCACAACUCAGCCCUACGGUCUACAGCCGUCACCCAGCAUCACUGCUGAGCCUAAUGUGAACUCCGACUAUGGCUACCAAGGGUACCAGCCUGCUGACGGCUACGAGCCGGUGCAGCCUGCUGAAGUUGACGCGAAGACGGAUGACAUUGCACAAACUGGUUACCAGCCGCAGUCGACACAAAGCUACGGUUUUGAGCCUCCAUCAAUGCAAUCCUAUGGGUACGCGCCACCUUCCACACAGUCUCAAAGCCACGAGCCGCAAUCCACUGAGCCACAAGGCUACGAAACUCCUUCUGGCCAGUCUCAGGGGUUCGAACCACCAUCGACUCAGUCAUACGGGUACGAGCCUCCUUCGUACCAGCCUGACAUGAGCAAUGCUGCCGAGGACGACGCCCCUCAGUCAAAGAAGAAGAGCUUUAUGGACGAUGACGAUGAUGAUAUCCCUGCUCUGAGGGCGUCAGACAAUCAGAGCAAGGCUGACAUGGACCGCGAAAACCAAGAAAUGUUCAAGAAGGUUGCAGAGGAAGAAGCCAAACGAGCUGCAGAGGCAGCGGCAGCCAAGAAAUCUGGCGGCUGGGGUUUCGGCGGCUGGUUUGGCGGAGCCAAGAAGGCAGAUCUCGGCAGUGGUGAAGCAUCACCUCAGAAGGCCAUCAAGGCCAAGCUAGGUGAAUCCAACAGCUUCGUGUACGAUCCUGAUCUGAAGCGAUGGAUCAACAAGAAGGCUGGUGCUGAGCAGACGGAGGCCCCGAAGGCCUCCGCGCCUCCGCCAAGGGGUGGCGUUCCUCGCUCCGUCAGCGGCACUCCUCCACCGAGCGCUGCUGGCCCGCCUGGCGGAGGCAUUCCACGAUCGGCUUCGACCUCCAACCUCAGGGGCGGCACAAUGCCUCCUCCCCCCAGCGGCCUGGGCAUCAGCGGGCCCCCUCCCAUGAUGCGUUCCGACUCCAGCGCCAGUGCCGCUGGCGCUCCCACGCCGCCAAGCGGACCUCCUAGCCGUCCUCCCACGAGCAUCAGCAAUGCCAGCAGCAUUGAUGACUUGCUCGGCGCCGCGGGUCCUCGCAAGACUUCGGGCAAGAAGCCCCGCAAGAGUGGUCGCUAUGUGGACGUCAUGGCCAAAUAA